UAAGGUCUAAUGCUGUUAAUAUAUAUUGAUGCAGUUGUCUUCAAUUGGAUCGAGUCACGACGAAAUUGACUUUGAGUUUCUUGGUAACCUAAGCGGGGAUCCUUAUAUUCUUCAUACUAAUGUGUUCACAGAAGGAAAGGGUAACAGAGAGGAACAGUUUUAUCUCUGGUUCGAUCCCACCAAGGACUUCCACACCUACUCUGUUCUGUGGAACCCUAUAAGCAUCAUAUUUUCUGUAGAUGGAACUCCCAUUAGGCAAUUCAAGAAUUUGGAAUCUAAAGGGGUCCCCUAUCCAAAGAGCCAACCAAUGUGGAUUUUCUCAAGCCUAUGGGAUGCUGAUGAUUGGGCCACAAGAGGGGGACUCGUAAAAACUGAUUGGAGUCAAGCACCUUUUACAGCUUCUUACAAAAAUUUUAAUGCUCAGGCUUGCACAAUCUCUCAAGGUUCUUCUUCUGAUGCAUGCUCCAAAAAUUCUUCUGGACAUUCCUGGUUAACAGAAUCAUUGGACAGCAGUGGCCAAGAAAGAAUUAAGUGGGUACAGAAGAAUUACAUGAUAUACAGUUAUUGUACUGAUAACAAGCGUUUUCCUCAAGGAUUUCCUCCAGAGUGCACAAUCCCAUGAACCAAAAAUGGAGACCCCACUUCAUAAUUUGGUCAUCUUUUUCCUAGUUUCUUGGGUGUUUUUCCCUUUAUCAUGCAAUACUAUACAACGUAUGUACACAGUACACUUUGUUCAUUUUUUGUGUUAUUUUUAGUAAUGAAAAUUUUAUGGUAAGAAAUUGUAACAAUACAAAAGUUUUGUGUUUUAUA